CGAUCGAUUACCAUAAUCGAUUACGAUGGAGAAGUCAUCACUGCACUGCAUGUUUUCGCUGCAAUAGUCGCUGAACCGUACGAUAACCAGACAGUAGUACCUUGGAGAUGCUACCUUCACUAUUCUAACUAAACUGCCUGUUUCAAGGCACCUCACAGUGUCCAGUAAGAAGCUUGGUUGGGCAGGUGAAGGUCCCUCAGUACGGUUGCCGCUACGUUAACGUACCAGAACCAGCCAUGGCAUGCUGCGGUCUACUCCGCCCCUCUGCAUCUCGACAAAUCUGGGCUCAAGCGGCGCUGACAAGGUCGGUGUCAACAGCACCAUGCUUUACCAGUUCAACUCCGUCACACCAGCGUGCAGUGUCGCAUGUGUACCAGUGCUCAUCCAGUCACCGGUCACCAGGUUACGCACGGUAUUGUGCCACGAGUGCGGCGGGUGGCUUUCCGCUGCACGGCCCUCUGAGCUCGCCUCUACAUCGUAUUGUUGAACGGUCCGGAAGCCCAGACUUGGCCAUAUUUGAUAGUGUCAGCGGCGCGACGAGCUAUCAGCUGAUCUACUCACAUGCGGACGCACUCACACAAUCGUUGAGCUCCUGCCUUGGCUCUGCAGCUGCAGUCACUAAUAACGGCCCACCGAUCAUAGGCGUGCUAUGUUCUAAUAGUUACAUGUAUGUUGCAGCGCAGUGGGCAUGUUGGUCGCUUGGCUAUGUGUUCAUGCCACUGUGCAGUCAACAUCCUACCAAGAUGAUGGAGUACUUCCUCGACGACUCCUCAGCUAAAGCUCUCCUGUUCGAUACGCCGCACAAGGCUGCUGCCAGUCAGCUGACCGAGAAGUUCUCCAUUCCUGGUGUGGAAAUUAACGAGGCGAUCAAGGCAUUUCCAAGUGGAGCUGAGGAUACUCCAUCUUGGUCGCCAUCGGUUUCUGAGUGGGCUGACUAUCCAGCAACUCUGUUCUAUACAAGUGGGACCACUGGUCCACCAAAGGGUGUGCCAGUUACCCAUGGAAACCUGCGGGCUGGAGUACGAUCCAUUGGCGACGCCUGGCAGAUCUCGGCGCGAGACUGCAUCCUGCACUGUCUACCACUACAUCAUGUACAUGGCGUUGUCAAUGCUCUCACUGUGCCUCUGUCACUCGGUGCCAGUGUUAACAUGCUGCCAAGGUUCGAUGCUGAGAAGGUCUGGACAGGACUGCUUGGCGUUCCGAUGCAGCGCAUCAAGGACAAUGUGUCCGCCACAGCGCAGCCUAGCAAUGCACGGCCGUCUGUGUUCAUGGCUGUUCCCACGAUGUACGCCAAGCUAAUCAAGUAUGCUGCGGACUGUCAACUAUCUCAGAGCGAGAAGGCGGAUGUGGCUGCACGCUGCAAGGAACUAAGAGUCAUGAUAUCCGGCUCCGCACCACUACCGGACCCUAUACUGCAGGCUUGGCAGGACCUGACAGGUCAUCGCCUGUUGGAGCGGUACGGCAUGACUGAGAUCGGCAUGGGCUUGACCAACCCUCUACAUGGUGACCGCCUAGCGGGUGCUGUUGGCCAGCCGUUUCCAGGCGUUGAAGCAAGGAUCAUGAGCUCUGACAGUGAGGUAAUGGUCGAAGGAACGUCGGUGGCAGUAUCCACUAUGCCCGGCUAUGCGGGCGAGCAGGGUGAACUCCAGGUCAGAGGUCCGUCAGUAUUCCCUGGUUACUGGCGAAAACCCGAGGCAACAAAGAAGUCGUUCACUGCAGAUGGCUGGUUCCUGACUGGUGAUACAGCCGUGUACGAGAAUAGUGUGUUCCGCAUUGUCGGUCGAACGUCAGUGGAUAUCAUCAAGUUUGGUGGCUAUAAGAUAAGUGCACUGGAUGUGGAGCGCUGCCUCCUGGCCCACCCUAGCAUCGCUGACUGUGCCGUUAUUGGUCUACCAGACACAACGUACGGUGAAGUUGUCACGGCUAUUGUCGUAGCAAACACCAUGCCAGGGGCUCAGGAUUCUCUCACUAUACCAUCUCUCGAGGACCUGGCGGAGUUUCUAAAGAAGUCCUUGCCUCCCUACCUAGCACCGCGGCGAAUGCACAUUGCUCCUGAAUUGCCGCGCAACGCUAUGGGCAAAGUCAAUAAGAAAGAGCUUGCGAAGUUUGUCUUGGACGGGAAAUAUGAUUGCCACUGACACAUCUACUCUGCACCACCUGGACAGCGGAUAGACAUGCCGUGUGCUGUGUGCCUGUGCAAACGUUUCAAUCAAUCAUGCUUUUAUGGUAAGGGCAGCUUUACAACAAGAUCACAGCCCCUGGCUCUGUUGCCCAGACGUCUGGAGGCGUAGCUCACCCUGCUGGAUAAGCAAAGCAAAAAAUAUGCUGCAGAUGUGACUGGCUUUUAGCCUCAGCGUUUUGUUCAGCCAUGGCAACACCACAGUGGUCAUAAUCAAGUAGGUUGCUCUAUUGCUCCAAGAGUACUCAAUACCCGUAUAACGUUAGGGCAGAGCUUUUCGAACAAGCUGGCAUGCAAUCAUGAUACUUGUAGAUACUGAUUAUUCACAUAGGUACCGAGAUGCGUCUAUCCUAGAACACGUACACGUAACUUAUCAUGAGUGGAGAUCUGGUAUGGUUUAUACUCUUUUAAAUCUACUAACGUUCGGCAGAAUAAGUACAAUAUUGCUUUUUCUAUUUCUUGGCAGGUUGUAUAGUUGCUUCGAAAAGAGUGUCUCAGUGAUGUAACUUGUUCGACAUAUUUCGCUCAUUCUGGCCCUGUACACAGUACUAGAACCUGCUGUUAUUACGUUUCUAAAAUGUGGUGAAUUGCCCAAGAGGGGAACAAGCUUCCUCAAUUACUUACGUA